AACUCAAGGAAACACGAGAUCCUACCCCCUGUCCCGCUGGAUGGCAUUUUCCCAUCCGGUGGAGUGAGGCCGGUAGGAGCUGCCCCCCAGGACGGGCGUGAGCAGGGAAACCAGGAACCCCGUGGGAGGGUGCCUACGCUCACCACACCAGGCGCCUGAGACAUCACGGCACCAAUGACUUCACGCUUCCCCGCAACGUCCUCCUCGGGGACUGUCGGCAUCCUCGGCCAAGAGCCGCACAACGUGACUAACCAUCCAGUCAGAAGAGCAACCCUCCCGUGGGUCCCCUGCCCGCCGCCCUUGGGUGUGAAAGAACCCAGUUCCGCCCCUGGGACCCUGGCCACGACCAUCCUGUUCUGUGUGCUGCUGGACCCAGCGUUACCCCUGACUCAGGAGCAGCAGGAGGUUCCAACCAUGGAAUGGGUCCCCAGUCUAAAUAUGAAGUUUGACCGAAGGACAAUGGAACUGAGUUGGGACUGCAAAGAAAACACUACCUACCUCGAAUGUGUGAUGAUCCACAAGGAGAAAGGAGAGAUCAGAAAAAAGCCCAAGAACAAAGACUGUCACUGCAACUUUUCCCAUGAUUCUCUCCAUGGGGGAGUCACGUUCGUGGUUAAAGUAAAUAGCACCCAAGGACCGAUUCCAGAAAAACUGGUCUACGCUAACCCAGGUGGCGAGGGCACCGCUGCCCAAAACUUCUCCUGUUUUAUCUACAACGUGAACUUCAUGAACUGCACUUGGGCGAAAGGUCGGGCUGCGCCUGAUGACGUCCAAUAUUUCUUGUACAUACAAGACUUUAAGGAAAAAAGGGAAAGAGAGUGUCCUCAUUACGUGACGGACUCACGAACCCACGUCGGAUGUCACCUGCACGAUCUGUCGGGAUUAACGUUCCGCAAUUACUUCCUGGUGAACGGUACCAGCCGAGAGACGGCGGUCCAGUUUUUUGAUACGAUUUUGUCCUUGAAAAAAAUAGAAAUAUACAGCCCGCCCAACAACGUCAGCGUCCACUGCAACCCGUCCCACUGCCAGAUCCUCUGGGACCCGCCCAGGACGCGACACCCCUCGUCCGCCUGGGACUUCAACUACCAGCUGCGCAUCCAGAAACAGAACAACAAGGAACACGCCGGAAAUCAACUGAUCGACGUGACCGGCAAAUCGGAAAAUAAAUACAACUUCCCGAGUCCAGAGCCCAGACCCAAGCACACUGUGACGAUACGGGCCUCAGACGCACGGGGACAGCAUUGGAGCGCCUGGAGCCAGCCCGUGGAGUUCGGCUCUACACAAGCCACAGCCAACUUUGUGCACGUCUAUGUGCUCGUGGUCCUGGGGACCUUCGUCUGUGCCCUGAUUCUCAGCUGCCUUGUGAAAAGGUUGUUUGCAUCAGAGACCUUAUUCCCGCGGAUUCCGCACAUCAAGGAUAAAUGGAGUGAGAACGUUCACACUGACCACCAGAUCAUCUGGGAGAAAUCCACCCCGGAUACAGGAAAGAUCGACCAUGAAGAGAUCCUAACCGUGGAGGAAGUCACCGUCGCCCCGGAGAGCGUGUGACCCACAAAGAUGCUUCCAGCCCCGGAACGUUCUGGAAGCCGUUUUGUCUUUUCAUUGUUUGAACACUUAUUUAUACGGCACUCUAUUUUUUUACUUUAAAACAACGUGGUCUUUUGCAAGGAU